ACUGUGUACUCUCUGUACUGUGUACUCCGUUUAAAGGAAGUGCCCCCUCUCUCCUCCGCGCAUGCGCAGAGCCGCACACACGGAGGUCUAAGCAGGACACGCACAGGCCGCAGCGCGGAGUCUUCUUCUGCUCAGGACCCAUUUGAAACAACCCAAUCCGCGUGGGAGCGACGUGAAAAAGAGCGGAACAAGACCUGGGCCAUGUCGUACUACUCAUCUUCCCGGAGUUCUUCUCGGGCCCCUGAUUGCAAAGUUUAUGUGGGUGAUUUGGGCAACGGUGCAGCCAAAGGAGAGCUGGAGAGAGCCUUCAGUUAUUAUGGGCCCCUGAGGAGUGUGUGGGUGGCCCGGAACCCUCCCGGCUUUGCCUUUGUAGAGUUUGAAGACACCAGGGACGCUGAAGAUGCUGUUAAAGGCAUGGAUGGAAAGGUGCUGUGUGGCUCUCGUGUUCGGGUAGAGAUGUCUACAGGCCUCUCCAGGAAGGGCCGUGGGCGUCCUAGCCGCCGCCAGUUUGAUCCUAAUGAUCGGUGCUAUCAGUGCGGGGACAGAGGCCAUUACGCCUAUGACUGCUACCGCUUCAGCAAGAGGGGAGGAGGAGGUGGAGGAGGAGGGCGCCGCAGCAGGUCCCGGUCUCGCUCUAGGUCCCGCUCGCGUUCUCAUGGCCGCCGCUACCGUUCCCGGUCUCGCAGCCGCAGUUACAGCAGGAGCCGCCGUCGCUCUCCUUCUUACUCCCGGCGCAGAAGCAGGUCUGGCUCCCCUGCACGCUCCAAAUCCAGGACUCCGGUCAGAAGUCGUUCUAGGUCUCGAUCAGGCUCCGCCCCCAGGGGACGCUCUGUGUCUCGCUCCCGCUCUCGUUCUCGCUCAUCUCACAAGAGGAACAGCCUAUGGUGGGACCUGAGCACUGCAUUGACACUGCAGCUGAUCCCAGGCCCUUGUCCGUGUGUGCGUCCUGCGGGAGGGUGACUUAGCGCUGACCUGAGCAGCCACCUCCCCGUAGCCAAGUGUGUUCGACCGGCGCACACAUAGAGUCGUUCUUCUAGAGUCAGCCAGCCUUCAGACGUACUGGGGGCUGAUCCACACAGAUCAGAGCUACAGCACUUUAAAUCCAUAACCCUACCUACCAGAGCCCCACUACCUACCAGAGUUCUGCAGCCUCUUAGCUUCUGACAGUCAAAGAGAGAGCUGACGAGAGAUCAGUCUUCAAGACCCUGCGCGGUGUCUCUCCGAGUUGUAGUCAUCCGUCCUUCAGUCCUAUCAUCCUUCGCUUCUCUGUACUUGUUGUUUCUGCUACUGUCUCCAAAGUCGUUCCAGGUCGGCAAGCCCUGCCAGAAGCGCCACGCCAGCUGAUGACUAAGGAGUGUUUUUCUGCUUGUAAACAGACCCUCAGCCCUAUAGUGUAUUCUAUCUAUUACAGCCCUACACGUAGUCCCAAUGCACUGAUGACUCUGAGGGCUCCUCUGUGUACUUGUCUGAUUUAAAGGAGAUUGGUAUGUAGAUUGACUGUCCUACUGAGUAGUGUGGCUGUGAGAAAGUCCAAGGUAAUAUUGCAUGUUUCAUUGAGUUUUAACAUUUGCUUUGCAAUGGAGCUGUUGGUAUGUCAGCAAUGCUUUUAUAGAAUAGGGCUUAAAACCUCCAAGAUUUUGUUUUAAUUGAGACUGUAUAUGUCCCAUUUUUGUGUGCAUUUGUCACAUUCCUGCUGUUAAGGGUUCAAUUUCUCCUGAGUGGAUGCCAACUUCGCUUUGGACUUCAAGUGUGCUAUUACCAGUUGACUCUUUUAAGGCAACAAUGCAUAGAUUUGAUUUCUCAUGCUUGUGUAAAAUUGGUGGCAGUUUUAUUUUCGAAUAAAUAUUUUGAAUUUCA